CGACAAAUGGCCGCCCCCAGUGCGAAACUGGGACCUGAAAGUGAAACUGUGCGAAAUCAAGACUUCUAAUUUGUCCCCGUUUUAUUCCAUCGCAAAAAAGGACUAUCCACAGAUUCAGAAGACAUCAUGAAGAGGAGUGGCGAAAACCGUGACAGUUUUGUGACGGAUUCUAAGCGCUUCAGGGCAGAAAACCUCAGCGACUCUACAGAAAGUGAUGAUGAUGAUGAUACAGCCAGGCCUCCCCCACUGGGCACAUCAGCAGCCGUGGGCCCGUCUCAGUCUGGCCCUGCUCAGGCUGCUCCUCUGUAUAACAGUUUUGCUGAACGGAUGAUGGCCAAGAUGGGUUACAGGAAGGAGGAGGGUCUGGGGAAGCAUGGGCAGGGACGGAAGGACAUCGUGGAGGCGUCCACCCAGCGCGGGCGCCGCGGUCUGGGUCUCAAGCUGGAGGCCUUCGAUGGAGAAAUCGACAUCGACUGGACAGACGAGGAACCACCUUCUGUCCAUGAGAGGCCAGAGUGGCUGCCUGCUUGUGAGAAUCCUGUUCCAAGCAAAGACACCUUACAGGACUGGGUCCUGGAGGGAACAAGGAAGAACCAGAUUGAAGAUGAAGUGGAGUUUUGUGGUGAAGAAAUCUUGCUAGACUUGCUGAAGUGUAAGAGUGUGUUUGAUGUCCUGGAAGGACAAGAGAUGAGGAAUGCCAGAACCAGGGCCAACCCUUAUGAGACCAUCAGGGGAGCCAUCUUUCAGAACAGAGCUGCCAUGAAGAUGGCUAACAUGGACCAUGUGUUUGACUACAUGUUCACUGAUCCCAAGAACGACAAAGGGGAGCCCAUGGUUGGUGCCCAUGACUUGCUGUACUUUGCUGACAUCUGUGCUGGUCCGGGCGGGUUCUCGGAGUACGUCCUGUGGAGGAAGAAGUGGCACGCCAAGGGCUUCGGUCUCACCAUCAGGGGGCCAAACGACUUCAAACUGGAGGAGUUCUUUGCUGCCUCCAGUGAGAUGUUUGAGCCCUAUUAUGGUGAAGGUGGGAUAGAUGGAGAUGGUGACAUCAUGAAGCCAGCUAACCUGACAGCCUUCAAGAAGUUUGUGUUAGACAGCACAGAGGGCAAGGGUGUGCACUUUGUCAUGGGGGACGGGGGUUUUUCUGUGGAGGGUCAGGAGAACCUUCAGGAGGUGUUGAGUAAACAGCUAGUGCUGUGUGAGUUCCUGUGUGCCCUCUCCAUCCUCAGGAUAGGUGGCUGUUUUGUGUGUAAGACCUUUGACGUGUUCACCCCCUUCAGUGUGGGACUUGUGUACCUUCUCUACCACUGCUUCCACCAGGUCUGCAUCUUCAAACCCAUCACCAGUCGACCUGCCAACUCAGAACGAUAUGUAGUCUGCAAGGGUCUGAAGCCAGGCUAUGAGGUGGUGGAAGAGUACCUCUUCAAGGUGAACAUACAGAUGAACAGACUCAAGAACACAGACGUUGAUGUGAAUGAGGUGGUUCCUCUUGACAUCAUCAAGAAGGAUUCUCAGUUCUUCCAGUACAUGGUGUCCUCUAAUGAAAAGUUGGCUGAGAAGCAGACAAAGCACCUUGCUAAGAUCAGAGCAUAUACCCAGGACACCACAUUGUUUGAAGCAGGACAAGGGAGGAUCAGGAAGGAGGCCCUUCAGCUGUGGAAGGUCCCAGAUGAGGCUCGGGUCGCUCCCCAGAAGCCCGACUCACGAGUCAGAUUCACAGAGCUCGCCAAGGCCAAGAUGGGUUACAGGAAGGAGGAGGGUCUGGGGAAGCAUGGGCAGGGACGGAAGGACAUCGUGGAGGCAUCCACACAGCGCGGGCGCCGCGGUCUGGGUCUCAAGCUGGAGGCCUUCGAUGGAGAAAUCGACAUCGACUGGACAGACGAGGAACCACCUUCUGUCCAUGAGAGGCCAGAGUGGCUGCCUGCUUGUAAGAAUCCUGUUCCAAGCAAAGACACCUUACAGGACUGGGUCCUGGAGGGAACAAGGAAGAACCAGAUUGAAGAUGAAGUGGAGUUUUGUGGUGAAGAAAUCUUGCUAGACUUGCUGAAGUGUAAGAGUGUGUUUGAUGUCCUGGAAGGACAAGAGAUGAGGAAUGCCAGAACCAGGGCCAACCCUUAUGAGACCAUCAGGGGAGCCAUCUUUCAGAACAGAGCUGCCAUGAAGAUGGCUAACAUGGACCAUGUGUUUGACUACAUGUUCACUGAUCCCAAGAAUGACAAAGGGGAGCCCAUGGUUGGUGCCCAUGACUUGCUGUACUUUGCUGACAUCUGUGCUGGUCCGGGCGGGUUCUCGGAGUACGUCCUGUGGAGGAAGAAGUGGCACGCCAAGGGCUUCGGUCUCACCAUCAGGGGGCCAAACGACUUCAAACUGGAGGAGUUCUUUGCUGCCUCCAGUGAGAUGUUUGAGCCAUAUUAUGGUGAGUUUUUAGCAAUAAGAACGCUCCUGUUCCAGUGGGAUGGCCGCCCCACCACCAAAUGGAUGAAGUUAGACCUGAACAUGGAACUGCCUAAGGACACCCUGCUGGUGGUGGAGGUAGUACAGGAGCUCAAAGGGGAGGGAAAAGCUCAAAGGAAGAUCACAGCCAUGCACAUUGUGGAUGCCUACGUACUGAAUGGGGAGGACAUCAGUAGCAGGCACUUCAGUGAAAGGGUCCUGAUGGCAGAGAAGUUUGUAAAGGCUGUGUCAAAGCCCAGCAGACCAGACAUGGCCCCACUCAGAACAAAGGAAGUCUACAGAUUGGAAGAAGUGGAGAAGAUAUUUCACAAAUUGGAGAUGCGGCUGACGAAGGGUUCCCGAGACCCUCGGCUGUGUUACAGCAUUGAUGGAACCAGACACUUCCUGCCGUGUGGGGUGCACUUCAUCAGAACUGUCAAUGACCCAUGGGUGAUGCAGUACAGUAAGAGUUGGAACAAGAAGUACUUUUUCAACUCCAGGAAUGGAAGUUCCACCUUCGACUGCCCACCUGAGGCCAUUGCACCAUUCAGAGUCUGCUAUGCCAACAGGAUCUUCUGGGCCUGGGAGGAUGGGGUUAAAGUUCAUGACUCCCACAAGGCCAGUGACAGCAAGGUGUCCCGGGACAUGCUGGUUCAGUAUGUACAUCGACAUCUCAAGUAAACAUUGCUGGUCCAGUCUGUACAUAGACAAUGUGUGUCAAACAAUGAUAUUCCAUAGGUAAGAAUUGAAUCUGCAAAACAUUUAUUCUGAUAGGUAGGCACAAUGUGGAAAGAAUUCUUCACUAUUGUGAGGUAGGUUAGGUUAAAAGCAUCACUUAGCAGCUCUGCUACAAACAUAGAUUACAAGCAUGAGAUUCCUGCUGAAUACAAAGAUUGGUAAUUAGUACAACUAUAUAUGGGGGGGGGAGUCUGCUAUCUCCAUGUGCCGUCUGCUUCUUUUUUUGGGAAAUACCAGUGAGCAAGGAUCGAUACAAGUGUUAGAGAAAAAUAGAAAAUACACAGCAUGACGUCAUAGCUUUUUUUAUGACAUGCACUAGUACAUGUGCUUUGUUGCAGUUGUAAUGGUAAUUGUGCAUUGCAAUAUGUACAAGGUAUCAGAACAAGGUAAUGUUAUAAUAUAUGGCUGACUUGAGAGCAGAGGUUAGUGUUUCAUAACAGUACUUCUGUUCAUAUUAAAGUGAUCCAAGCUUUAUCUUGAAAACCUUUGGACUCAAGCAUUUAGGAAUGCAAUCCUUUUAUCGUCAUACAUGUAAAAACAUAAAAUAGCUUAUCAAACUUACUUUGCCAAUCAAUAAUACAGUCAGAAUAAGAUAUCAGUAUUUGUUGACAAAAGUAGUGAACAAAACAUUCUGCAUUAUAAGUAGGGUAUUUACAUUUAAUCUACUUCAACUUGACACAUAUUUUCUUUUAACAUAGACCUUUUGAGAACAGAUAUUGUGAUGAUACAGGACAGAGUUUUAAUGUGACAAAUCAAUGUACAGUGCAUGGUGUAAAUAUGUGUUAAGAAUUGUUUUCUUUUAUUGUUCUCGAUAAGUAGAUAUCUAUCGUAAGUCAGUAGGAAAAAAUAAGUCAAGUGAAAAGAUACAAACACAUUGAAUAACUAAAAAAUGUAAUAUACAUGUAGGACAAAGAUCAGUGUUACACAUAAGAGGAAAUAGGAUUAACGUACGUGGACCUCAAAAUAUAAGCUUGUAAUGUUGCACAAGCACAAAUCAAGCUUGCAGUUGUGUUUACUCUGUACUGUUACAACCGUAAAUCCUGAAACAAACACAGUUCAUGUGCUGUUUAUCAGGAUAAAUGGGCGUCUUGUGCUACUUUCUUGAAAGGCAUUAGGUAUAUUGGUAGAUGUGUUUUGUCUGUCUAACACCGAGUAGCAGUAGAAGGCAUCAACAUGUAGUAAAGGGAUGUAGAGGAAGCUGUAAACAAGGCUGGAGUCAGGGAGUCCGCCGCGCGUCUCACCGCAGUCAUAAACAGGCAGGAAACAGGGCAGGCCUGGAGGAUGCUUGGGGGUGAUCCUAAGUCGUCCUUUAAAAUACGUCCUCUGUGAAAGACUGCAAACUGGUUAAGGUCUGUAAUUUAGUGUAAAAGUUAUUGGUUGCUUCAAACCAGCAUGUCGGUAGGAAUAUUGUUCUCAGCAAGCCUCGAGAAAAAAGACGCCAGACUACAGGUAAGCUUUUCGCCUGACUUCCUUUUCUCACUUUUUAAUGAUCAUGAACCGACCCCACGGAGUCUGUGGAAGACGACGCGCCUGUGUUAAAACCUCUGGUCCGUUUUUCCGUUAUUAGCACGUCUCCCUGCCCCAUCGUAAUGUAACAAGUGUUCCGUCGUGAAUGACGUCAGGGAACAAGUGGCUGGCGAUUCUCCGGCCCGUAUACCUUUUGUCAACUAAUUACGGAACUAA